AAAACAAAGUUGCACAAAUUCCUGUGUUUUUUACAUUUUUGAACCCAAAUUUCCUGGAAAUUUGUUAGAACGUAAGAAUUUAUUUGUCCGAAUCGAUGCCGGUUGGAAUCGGAACCGUCGUUACCGUGCCGGAGUUAGAGGGGCGGCAAUCGGGAAGAAUGGGGAGCGCUGGAGAAACGAAUUACGGUUCAUACACAUAUCAAGAGCUUGAAAGAGAGCCAUAUUGGCCAUCGGAGAAUCUAAGAAUCUCGAUCACCGGCGCCGGUGGAUUUAUUGCCUCUCAUAUUGCUAGGCGUUUGAAGAAUGAAGGCCAUUACAUUAUUGCUUCUGAUUGGAAAAGGAAUGAACACAUGACAGAAGAUAUGUUCUGCAAUGAAUUUCAUCUUGUUGAUCUUAGAGUGAUGGAUAAUUGCUUGAAGGUCACAAAGAAUGUUGACCAUGUCUUUAACUUGGCUGCUGACAUGGGUGGAAUGGGCUUCAUUCAAUCCAAUCACUCUGUUAUUAUGUAUAAUAACACCAUGAUUAGCUUCAACAUGCUUGAAGCUGCAAGAAUCAAUGGUGUUAAGAGGUUUUUCUAUGCAUCUAGUGCUUGCAUUUACCCUGAAUUUAAGCAGUUGGAAACUAAUGUGAGCUUGAAAGAGUCAGAUGCUUGGCCUGCUGAGCCUCAAGAUGCUUAUGGUUUGGAGAAGCUUGCGACGGAGGAGUUGUGCAAGCAUUACAACAAGGAUUUCAGUAUCGAGUGUCGAAUCGGGAGGUUUCAUAACAUUUAUGGUCCGUUUGGAACGUGGAAAGGUGGAAGGGAAAAGGCUCCUGCUGCAUUUUGUAGGAAGGCCCUCACUUCUGUAGAUAAGUUUGAGAUGUGGGGAGAUGGUCUUCAGACAAGAUCUUUCACCUUUAUUGAUGAAUGUGUAGAAGGUGUUCUUCGAUUGACUAAAUCGGACUUCCGCGAGCCAGUGAACAUUGGCAGCGAUGAGAUGGUCAGCAUGAACGAAAUGGCUGCAAUCGUUCUUAGCUUCGACGACAAAAACCUUCCAAUUCACCACAUCCCUGGACCCGAGGGUGUUCGUGGUCGUAACUCAGACAACACACUCAUUAAAGAGAAACUCGGAUGGGCUCCCACAAUGAAGUUGAAGGAUGGUUUGAGAAUUACCUACUUCUGGAUCAAGGAACAGAUUGAAAAAGAAAAGUCUGAAGGCAUUGACCUCUCAGUUUAUGGAUCAUCAAAGGUUGUUGGUACCCAAGCCCCGGUUCAACUCGGCUCACUCCGUUCUGCUGACGGUAAAGAGUAAUUAGUUAAGACCCGGAUAACCCGGUCGGGCUGCCUCGGUGCAAUCGAAGCUUAAUUAGAUGUUACUACCAAAAGUUACUAGUAUUUUGAUGUUAUUGGAUACUUUUCUAUGCUUACUAUUCUAUUCAAUUUUGUUACAACACAUCCUGUUUCCACAAGGAAAUAUGUGGUUCAUUUAGCAGGUUCAUGUUCUUGUCUUGUUUGUAAUAAAUUUUUCCAAUUAAUUUCUUGAGAAAGCCAGCUUAUUUCAUUGUU